AUUCAGGAAAAACACUGAAGACAUCUCAACUACUACCCUAUAAUGAGGGUCUGAGUCAAAGUCCUCUGAAAUCUUCCAGCUCUGUGCUAUUACCUCCUCCUUUUUGAGUCCUUAUAAUCUAACACUUAAAAUUACACACAGUUCAUCUUUUUACCAUCUUGUAAGAAAAUGUCCAUCUAUGGAUAUCAUUGCCUUAUUUACUGCAGCUUAUUGUUCUUGCAGUACACUAAAUUCAAGUAUACAGAUAAACGCAGGUGCAAAAUUUAGUAGAAAACAUAAUUUUUCAAAUCCCAUUCACAUAACACUGCACUGUACCCUAAAAUGGACCACAUGUUCCAUCCAAUAGUUUAAAACCACCAUACUUUAAAAUGGAAAGGUCUUGUUGGAAUAUUUUAUGUAGUUACAGGUGUCAUAUUUUAAGAAGAAUAUUGAUGAUACAAACUCUGACAAGGUGGAAUGCAUUCAGAAAGGCAACCCAGGCUCUGCCCUGACAGCAGCAAGGGCUCUGGCAGCGCCUCGGUGGGCUCUGGCAGGUCUUUGGGCAGCAGACCAUGAUGCUGAAGGCCAAGAUCCUCUUCGUGGGGCCCUGUGAGAGUGGAAAAACCGUUUGGGCCAACUUCCUGACAAAAUCUUCUGACAUCGCCAAAUACAACCCAACCCAAGGAGUGAGGAUCCUGGAAUUUGAGAACCCAUAUGUUACCAGCAACAACAAAGGCACGGGGUAUGACUCUGAGCUCUGGGAUUGUGGUGGCGAUCCAAAGUUCGAGUCCUGCUGGCCGGCCCUGAUGCAGAACUCUUACGGGGUGGUGAUCAUCUUCAAUGUUGACAUCCCAAGCCACCUGAAGGAAACUGAGAUGUGGUAUUCCUGCUUCGUCCAGCAGCAGUUUUUACAGGAUACUCAGUGUCUGUUAACUGCACACCAUAAACAAGGCUCUGGAAGUGACAAAGCAAACCCAGCUUUGGCGCCACCCCUGAACAAGCUGAAGCUGGUGCACUCGAAUCUUAAGGAUGACCGGAAAAGAUCAGGAUGGAGUUCAUAAAGUAUUUAAGAAGCAUAAUCAACUCAGUGUCUGAGAGCAGAGACUGGGAGGAGAUGUCAAUUAUCAAUUAACCAGCCUUCACCUAGACGCUUCCGCAUCCCAAAUGAAGUCAAUUUUAGUGCAAAUCUGAAAUCCAUCCACCUACUGAGUUUCUCAUCUCCCUUUGGCUGUAGAAGACAUUUUCCUUAUUUGGCCAAAGGUAACAGUCAGCCAGGGAGUUGACUCAUACCGUCUAUUCUCUGUCCUUAGCUCAGCUGAGAAAAUCCUGUUACUGAAUUCUGAUUGCUUUGCCCCAGGUCUCUCCAAAGACCUGGAAAACUCAGGUGGUUUUUUUUUCCCCUUCACAUUAUGUCACAUUAUAAAAGUUGUGCAAUUGUAACUGUCAUAGCCCAGUGAUAGAAACAGUAGUUUAAUCCACGUGGAUUGGUUUAAAUGUGAUUUUCAUUCCUUAAUCUGUACAAUUUGCCUAGGAUAUUUUUGAAAAAUAUUAGCAUUUAACUUCUUCAAGAUUUUAUUUUUAUUUAGAUGUCCUUGAUAUCUGGACACCAUAUCACACUGGAAGGUGGAAUACAUAUACUUCUUCUAAGAAGAUUUUUUAUUAU